CCACAGUUGCUGAACUUUUCCAUUAAAAAAGACAGAAAGUAGGGGGGCUCUCGAACCCUCCCCCCAACGGUCACUUCGUCGCCGUCUCGUCCCCGCCCGGAUCGCCUGCCCUCCGACCAGCCCGCGCGGUCGCCCCUCAUCGCCGGGGAGGCCCCCCUCCAAUCCCACGCGAGCGGCGACGAACCAAGGAGCAGCGAGGCCGAGGAGGAGGAGUCAUCGCCAUCAGCAUUAACUCCCUGCCCUCCCUCGAAAGCGCCACCACACCACCGGAUCCAAUCCAACCACCUCCCCCGGCGCCCGCCUCGAGGCCGCUCUCUCUCCCCGUAGGUUCGCUUUCUCCGAUCCUCACCGAAUCCGCCGCGCCCUUUUCCCACCCGCGCCCCGCCCCGCCGGGCCAUGCCCCUGCCGCCGGAGCAGCAGCAGCCGCGAUGGCGCGUUGCGGCGUGGAGGUAAUCGCCAGCAGGGGCUGCUCCAGGCUGCUCCUCCCCGGGAUGCAGCCCUCCUCGGCCUCCGCCGCCUCCUCCUCCGUCUCGGCCUCCCGCUCCGCCGCGGCCGCUGCCUCUGCCGCCCGGCGCCCGCCCGACGGGCCCUUCGCCGGCCUGGUCGUCUGCGUCACGGGGCUGUCUAAAGAGGCCAGGAGUCAGGUGAAGGAGGCCGCUGAGAGGCUGGGAGGCGAGUACAGCGGCAGCUUGCACCCCAAAUGCACUCACCUCGUGGUGCAGAGCUUCGCCGGGCGCAAGUUUGAGCACGCUCUCAAGCAUGGUCCCAGGAAUGGCCUUUUUGUUGUCACGCUGGGCUGGUUUGUCGACUGUGUUCGAAGGAACAUGAGGCUGGACGAAUCCUUGUACAGUAUCAAGAACAUUGGGGAAAACGGCCUGCCGCUCGGGGAAUCCAACAGGCUUGUUGGACUUCCUGUUAACGAGAAGUCAUGCCUUCCACCAAUGAUUUUUCAAGACAAAGCAUGCUCAGACACAACACGUAAGCACCAGCUUCAGGCUCAUAGAGAAGAACCUGAACAUGAUGUGUUCGUUUUUACGAAUGAGACGAUCUACAUUGACCCUGGGAUAUCUGGUGAGAUGAAGAAGAAGAUAUCGGAUGCUGCUACGAGUGAAGAUGCAAAAUUAUUGGACCACUGGUUUAUUGGUUGCCAUGCCACAUAUGUUGUGUGUGAGGAUGCUUCUGUCAAGAGAUAUGUUGGUCACUCAGAUAACAUUGUAACACCGUUUUGGAUCUUGAAAACAGUGAAGGAAAAGAACUUGCAGCGCCUGGUCCAUUUGUCUUCAGACCUAGCUAGACAUGUGGCAGUGGUUCUAGAAAAUUUCCACAUAUCUCAAGAGGUAUUUUAUGCUAUUUACUCUUGUGGACAAAAUGUCUACAUUAUGGUUUUAAGCCAGUCAUGUGAAGUACCAAUCCAUCCGCUCACACCUGUCACACUUCUGGAUUCAAUCUGCUGGACAAUAUCUGAGCCGGUUUCAUCUGCAAGUAUUUAUAUGGAUUCUUCAUGGUCUGAAGAUGCCGAUGAGCAGCAAAGCACUACCUAUUUUGGUGCAGAUGGGGAUGGAAAGGAUCGAGACCACUCAGCUGAUAAUUUGUCUCGCCCGCUAAGAGAAAGUGAGAGAAGUGAGGUGAUUUUUAAGAACCAUUUCUUUACCAUACUCUUCCCUCUCGAUCGUUUUGGCGAGCUUGGACCUUCUUCAAGGACAUUCUUCAGCAAUGGUGGCUUCACACGCGAACAAGUGUUGGAUCACAUCUACAAUUUCUACCAGGAGAACAUGUCUACCGACGAGAUCAAUGUAGCCCUGCACACGGAUUCACGGCAUGCCGAUCGGCUUCGUUCCCUGUACGCAAGCGCUGAAUGCGCAGAACGAGGCUUUGUAGUAGCAUUCAAAAGAAUAGAUAUUUUGGGAAGCCGGAGAAGUUUCGAGGCACUAAAGCGCCUUAGCAGAGAGAACAAUAGCAAUGUAUAUGAGCUUGUGAUUAGGGCAUGAACCGCACCCGUACUCGGUGCCAUUUAGUAAAAUUUGUUUGUUUCUUACAGGAUUUACUGUGCCAUGUCCAUGGUAUGCAGAAUAAAAUUGUAGAGAAUAAUACACGGCUGAAUGAAAAGGGGUUAUGUUGUAGGAUUU